AUGUCUGCCAAACCGCUGGUCAAGGUUGACCUCUUUCGUGUUCACAAAGAGUAUCUUAUUCCCGCCAUCGCGCAAACGGUUCAUCUCGCUUUCUCUUCUGAUCCUUUGAUCCACUGGCUAAGGCCAAAUGCUGCACCGUGGGCUGAACAGGAUACGGGCAGAUGGAGCUGGCAGUAUCGUCGCAUCCAGCGCAUAAUGCUCAAGGGGGAGGUAUUCAAUUCUGCCAACGUUAAACAAAUGACAGAAGAUUAUCCGGGGAAUGGCAGAAACAAAUUAUCGACAGACACUCCCAUCUCUGCUGUUGCCACAUUGCCUGGAAAACAGCCCGGAACAUCUUCGCACAAAGACGACAACGCUGGUGCUGUGGUGUUUCUGCACCCACCACCGGGACGAAAACCCUGGUCCCUAUCGCGAAUAUGGCUUGCGUGCAAGUUGUGGUUAUUAGAUCGUCUUGUACCAGUACAUGAUAGCGGAGCGAGAGAUAAGCGCGUUGAAAUGCUCCUCGACAGACAUGAAACCUGUUCGAAGUUAUUGGAAGCGAGGUACUCUCGACAAAAGCUAUGGUACCUUGAGGUUGUUGCUGUGCAUCCUUCACUGCAAUCACGCGGGCUGGGUGGGGGCGUGAUGAGAUGGAUUUUGGAACACGUUCACGGCGACCACAUAUAUCUUGAAUGUACCCGGAAGGAGAACGUGGCGUUCUACGAGAGCUUUGGGUUUCGAGUUGCCGAAGAAGUUGAGCUGGUGGAUGAUGCGAGUCAAACUGGAGAGCAUGUGUUUAAGCACUGGGUCAUGGUGCAUCCGGGAAAGUUAAUGCUGUAG